CGAAUUUUACUGCGCCGGCAUCCACACCGUCGUUUCGACUCGCGAUACUGCGGAAUGCGACGGUGAUAGAAUGUGAGAAAACCAAGCUGGACCAGUUGCCAGCGGAAAGCGAUGCAACUUGUUACAUGCCAUCUCCGGGAAUUUAUAUCACUGUCUCUGUCGCUGUCGUUGCGCUCUCUUCAUGAGUCUCGACCAGAAUUUAUUCACGCUCGUCGUCACCCCCAACAAGGAGGAUUCUAAUGUUAUCGACCUCGUUGACCCCUCGGGGGUGACCUAUUACAGGAAGCAACGGGUCGCUGGUUCUGUGUAUACGGUUGAGGUGUACGAUUUCAUGUCCGAGUCGUUGCUUGUAACAGCGACGGCCCCAUCCGCUUCCAGUAAGACCAAGAUCCUCAAGCUAUACAACCCAACCACGACGGUCGAGCUCAAGUACACCGGUACACUAACCUUUCGAUGGAAUUUCAAGUGGGAAAACUUCGACUUUGAAUGGAAACGCGAAGAAUGCUUCAUGCUUCGGAAACCCGACCCGCCGGUUCUCGUCGCUAUUACCAAGGAACCCGCUGGACGACUCAAGACGAGCUCGAUACAGAUUCUGGACUACAACUUGAACCGAUUCGACAUAGACGAUAGGAAGGGUCUGGAAAUUGUUAUUUUGACGGCGCUUCUGACGUUCCAAGAUGCGAACGAGAGCUAUCAUGGUUUGCCUAGGGAAUCUGAGGGGCUAGUCAAGGCUAAGUCGAUCCCGACGCCUCCUCCUCCGCCACCGCCAAAGCCUCCAGCAAGAACCGGCGUGGAUAGGAUAGCGGAGAUUCAGGCCAUACGUGGGGAGAUUAAUGAGCUUACUGUGGAGGAAGAAGGGGAUAUCACACAUUAUGCUCAGUAUUGCUCAAACUUGCUCCAGGACGAAGCGAUGCUAUUCGUCACUGUGCGGUCGUCUUCUGCGGCACAAGUUCCAAAGGUGCUUCAGGUAGUGGAAGAGACGAAGCGGAUACGGCAUAAAGCUGGCUUGGACGACGAGAUCUUCCAAUAUGUCCUCUACGACACCCUUUCCCAACGACCCCGGAGGAUAAACCUCAAUGACGCCCCCGACAAUAAAUACGUACCUCCCAACAGCCUCGUCGUCCAUUUGAGCAAAAUACCCAUGCCAGAGCUGCAGCCCUCGGUGACUACCCACGUCUACCCCUACAAGCACGUCACCGGCCAAUAUCCUUUAACACACACCCCGAGAAGGAGAAGAAAUCGAAGAAGAUAACUCGACGGUCUCGAUCUGGCUCCAAGUCGCCGCCGCCCCGCGUCCAUUCAUACCAGAUGCAUCCUCAUCAACCAUCACCAGUCGCCGUCACAGCUGAAUAAUCCUG